GAAGGAGAGAAGGGCUUGUUUGGAUUCUUGUUAUCAUUUUACUAGGGAGUGUUUGGAUAUGGUCCCCACUGGGGCCGCGGGGCCUAGAUGUAUGGUAUUCUUGUCUGGUGGGUUCAAGGGCACAGCGAGCCCUUUCAUGCCCCAUCGGUGGCUCUUUACUAGACCAGUGUUAGCUAGGACCACACCCAUCUUACUAUAUAAACAAUCUCCCCUUCUUGCAGUUCCAUUUCAAGCCAACUCACAAACUCGCACCUCAAAAAAUCAUUCGCCAUUCAAUUCAGUGCCCCUCUCCAAAAAAAAAGAUUAAAAAAAAAAGGAUCACUGAAGAUGAAGAUUAAUAUUGCUAGCAUGGGAAGCUCGAAGAGAAGGAUAUCAAGCAAAGGACUAGGUGCUGUCCUUAGAGAACAAAGGGCUAGGCUUUACAUAAUAAGGAGAUGUGUGGUCAUGUUAGUAUGCUGGCAUGAUUAACACUGUCAACUCCUUCUAGCCAUAGUUUUGGACCUUUUGGUGGGGAUGAGGGAUCUUCCCCUCUCCUCUCUCUUUUUUUCUUGGUGGAGUGUAAAUAGCUGCGGCAGGGCUGACAUUCUUAUGGGAGAGUUCUAGACAAAUUUUCUUAUGGCUUGGCCUUAUGAGGCAUAGAUAAUCAAUGUGUACAUGGGAUAGCAUGGAUCAAAGCUUUGGUAUUAUCUAACAAAUUAUUGCAAUUCUUGAUCUUGUUUCUCUAUUCUUUUUAGUUUGCCUUGUAAUUUAGUACUGGUCUGGCUAAUCCUUUUAGUUCCCCUUCUUUUGUUCUUUAUUUUCCUUUUGCUGUGGCAUGAAUGACACAGCCACUUCAGAUA